AUCCAGUCGUUCCUAUUAGAUUGAAUCACUAGCGAUGAUAUCUGCAACUUCGAUGUUUCAGAAAGGAUGGGGACUGCGUGGUCUCGCAUACGCUUUUACUGGUUCGGUCGUAAACCUUGCCGGAUUCUUAUGGUUGGCCUCGAUAAUGCUGGAAAAACCACACUUUUAUACAAACUCAAACUUGGCGAAGUGAUCACUACGAUUCCAACAAUCGGUGAGUGA